AUGGUUUGUUCCCCUAACAAGAGCGCGCUGGGCAUCUCGGGCCCGCAGAAGUACCCCAACGCGGCCCUCAACUUGAACCUCGCGGAGUACGAGCUUGGCAACGACGCGGCGGUCCUGCAGGACCUCCAGUCGCUGCUGCGACGCUUCCGGGACGACUUCCCCGACGCUCGCGCCGCCUACGCACUGAUCCUGUGGGAGCAGGGUGACCGUGUGGCCGCGGAGCAGGAGUGGGACCGAGCCACCGCCGCCGACCCGCGCUACCGGCAGCUAGACUGGAUCACGAGGUUCCGCCGCUGGCCCCCGCGGCUGACGGGCGUGCUGCAGCGCUUCUCGGAGAGCGCCAAGGUGAAGGUGAAGUGA